AUGCAGACGCGGCCUGCAGUUCCCGGGUUCGUGGCAGAGGCAGUGUUGUUUUUGAGCAAUGUGGAUACCGAUCAGGACAUAAUGCCGAUGAUUUCGGCCGUGAUACGACUCCUGGGGGGCGUGGCGGACCCUCGGCGGUUCGCGCAACCUCGUGCGACUAGUAGCACAAGUGACGCUUCAGAUGAGCAUGCAGAUGGCACAGAACUCGACCACCUAAUGCAGUUUGUGGAUCCCGAGCGACUCUGUCCGGAUGAGGUAGUGAUCCUGCGUGAUGGGUCAGCCGUGCUGGUGAACAAGUGUCGUAGUAUCAACUCCCAACCGGGCGUCGAUAAUACGAUGCCGAGCCCUCAUACACGAGGACUGCUCGGUGGACUCUGGGAGCGACUGGGGGGAUACUGCUACCAGCCGUCCCCCUUGACCAACGAUUUCAUAGCUUCCCCCAACCACACUACCCUCGGAACCUCUUCCCUAGGAUCCUCCUCUGUAGGAAACUCCUACCAGCACUUCUUACCAAACAUUGCAAACAUUUUCGGUAGUGGACGAACAGAAGGAAGUGGAGGAGCUGGCGGAAAUGCAGGAACUGACGGAAGUGGAAAUGAUUGGUUUGAAAACAGCGGUAAUAGAGUUAGUCAGAAUGAAAACGACAUAGAUCAUCAAGGCCACCCUUGUCCCCGAGGUCGUCGUCUGAUGUCUUGUCAGAGCCAGGAAGGUAGACCCUCGAACGAAUCAAUUCCUCUUGAAAGUGGCUCGACAGGAGAGUCGAGUCCAAAUGACGUUCAUAUGAGACGCGACGAGCUUGAGCGGAGAAGUGACAUUGAGAGGACGAGCGAGGCUGCAGCUAUGGGCAAUAUUCGAAUAUCGGCAAGUUGUGCGAAGCAGUUGAUAGACUUGAGUUCGUUUGGUGAAGUAAUUGAGGAUAAGUACAACAUAGGUCCCACCGGUAAUAGUUGCGUAUCGGUUCAGGGUUACAAGUGGCCGGAUCUAAAGGCUUAUGAAGCCGAUGUGUUGGCGCGGAAGGUGCAUCUACAAGGGCAGUUACGUUUGACGCGGCAGUUCAUGUUGAGGAGUAAUGGUAAGGACCUCCGAAAGCUGAAGAGUAAAAUUUGGUUGACGCUCUGCAGGGCAGAUCCGGAGUAUAAACUGAUGUUUCGACUGAAGUACUUCCAUAAGAAGGCGCAGCCGAUAUACGACCACUUCCAACUUAAGUGUUUGACAAAGCUAUGUUCCAAGAAAACACUUUUAAGGCCUAUUCAAACCCGCGGCACCAGAACGUCUGGUGAGACCAGAACGUCUGGUGAGACCAGAACGUUUGGUGAGACCAGAACGUCUGGCGUAACUAGAGCGGUGCUUUAUGAGGGUGAAGAGAGUGAUGAAUGCGUGGGUUCGAGCACUGAUGUGAUAUACUUAUCUCAGUCGGAACAUAUGGGGAAGGUGUAUAGCAUAGCGGAAUGUUACGAUAUACAAACGGACGAAAUUCGACCGGUAUUAGGUCCUUGGUGUUUCAGUCACUUGCGUAGCACGAUUGACAGCCAUGUCGGAGUCUUUCCCUCCUUAAGCUCCAUGUCCUAUGAUUCCGUUUGUGUGUAUUCGCUCGCCGUGUCCGAGAACUACAUAGCCAUAUCGGAUGCAAGUAGUAGCAUUCUCCUGGCAGAUCGGGGAGAUCCUACGAACAUCCUGUGCCAGAGAGUGUCUACACAGCCUCUGCAGAUCAUCAACUGUAUCAACCUUCUGGAGGAAAACAGCGCGACGGAGGUAGGUGGAGGGGAGCAGCUCGAUUCAGUUAACCAGGAGCUGCUGCAGUUGAUAUUUGAACAAGCGGAGGCCAGGGGCAAACGGUUACUGACAGAGGUCUGUUCUGUGUUGGAACAGUUGCUCAAGUCGGCACAAACUCGGGUACGACUGGCCUCAGCGUUCCGUGACCUGAGACGUCAAGGUGAAGAAGCGACCAUUCCUAGAAGACUUUUGAGACUAAGAACAGUAACUCCUGCAAGCUUCAGAGAAGGCGCCCUCAUUCCAGACGUGUUCCGGAACGAAACUGUCAGAAACGAAAUGGUCAGAAACGAAAUGGUCAGAAACGAUAUAUUCAGGAAUGAUGUCGCCAGGAACGACGACGACGUGGGAAACGACGGUGGUUUCGUAAACCCCCGGCUGCGCCGUAUGUACGAUCGGUAUGCCGGCAGCGAGAUCCAUGGUGGCAGCGAAGUUCAUGGCAGCGAAAUUCAUAGCAGUGGUGAAGACAGUCCUCUCGCCGGCGCUGGUGGGCUGCAGGGCGCCGGUCAAGAACGUGGUGGCCAAGACCGGGGCGGCCAAGACCGGGGCGGCCAAGAGCGUGGUGGUCAUACAACUACGACCGAAGUGGGUUCCUAUGUGCCCGCGCCGGAGACACAUCGUUUAACGGUCCUUACUGCUGGUAAUGAUAGAAUUAUUUGUGAGUACGUUCUAAAGGAGACGUGCUGCGUCAAUACAACACAUGCGGAGCUGGAAAGAGGUGUGUUUGUGUGCAAGACGUUGUGCGGGUUGGUGAGCGGGUUCUCCACGUGCCGAGCCUCUCCCAGCGGACAAAAGAUAACGCGACACCUGCUUCCCGUCAGGUCCUGGAUCUUCCCCUUCUGCAUUAACCGCGUGGCUGUCCAUCCUGCUGGGAAUCUAAUGCUCCUUGUCGGUGACAAUCCCACGGUGCUGUUGAGCGCGCGGCAGUCAAACCCAGCGUUCAGUGGAAACUACUUUGCUCGAAGAGGAUGCAUCAAACAUGCGCUAUACGCUUUGGACUGCCACCAGGAUGCUGCGUUCGGCGCUGCUUGGCACCCAAAUGGCUACAUGUUUGCCACUGGAAGUGACGAUAUGACUAUCGCCAUCUGGGAUCUGCGAAACCUGGCGUCCCCGCUGUGCGUUAUUCACAGCGAGGUAACUGCCUGUAGGUCUCUCGAAUUCUCUCCGGAUGGCAAAUAUCUCGUGUCCUGCGAAUCGGAAGACGCCGCUGUCAUAUAUUCCGUUGCUGACAAUUUCAGGUCCGCGCAGAAGAUAUCGUUCUUUGGUGGAUGCACAGGAGCGAGCUUCUCUGAAGAUUCAAGACGACUCAUCAUAGGCGUCGGCGCUCGCGAUCAAGCAGGAGGCCUCAUGGAGUUGGUCAUUAACAACAUCCCCUCACACGUAGUUCAAUUUUAUGCUAGGUAG